AUGCGGCGCAUCGUUGAACCGCUGCAACUGAUGGGAGCCCAGGUUAUGGGACGCCGGAACGGGUCGCUGGCCCCACUGGUGAUCCAGGGCGGCUCUCUUUACGGAAUUGAGUAUGAACUGCCCGUGGCCAGCGCCCAGGUCAAGUCAUGCAUCAUGCUGGCCGGCCUGUCCGCCGCUGGUGAUACGGUGAUCCACCAGCCGGCCCUUUCGCGCGACCACACUGAGCGGAUGGUGUCGGCGAUGGGCGCAAUCGUAGAGGAGAAUGGACUGGACCUACACGUCAAGCCUGCGUCCCUGCAGUCGGUGGACAUCGCGGUGCCAGGCGACAUCAGCUCUGCUGCCUUCUGGAUCGUGGCCGGCCUGUGCCAUCCUGAUUCCCGGGUGCUGGUACAGGGAGUGGGCCUGAACCCCAGCCGUACCGGGUUAAUCGACGCGCUGCAAGCCAUGGGGGCUGGGAACAGCCUGAAGCUGGUAAACGAGCGGACGGAGGGGGGCGAGCCGGUUGCCGACCUGCUGGUCACCCACGGAGACUUGCACGGCACGGAAAUCGGCGGUGACAUUAUUCCCCGCCUUCUCGACGAGAUACCUAUCCUGGCAGUGGCCGCCUGCUUUGCCAGCGGGGAAACAGUCAUCCGGGACGCGGCGGAACUGCGAGUGAAGGAGUCGGACCGCAUAGCCACGACCGUCGAGGAACUCUCGCGCCUGGGAGCGGACAUCAAGGCGAGAGAGGAUGGUAUGGUUAUACGCGGCACCGGAAAGCUGACAGGAGCGGCCUGCCAGUCACACGGAGACCACCGACUUGCGAUGUCGUUGGCGGUCUGCGGUCUGCUGUCGGAUGGAGACGUCGAAGUUCACGGCGCCGCGGACGCCGCGGUUUCCUACCCCAGUUUCUGGGAGGACCUGGACCUCCUCGCCCCAGGACACGCAAGGGGUUAG